AUGCACGAUUGGAGGGUCUUUUCGGAGAAGGAAGUCACAUCGGACGGAAGAGUUGUUGUUGCUGUCUUGGCGUCCUUCGUCGAGGAGCUUUCGAGAACAGCUUCCUUGCCAGAACCAGGUUCAGCGGAAGGUCCGGCCAACAGUAAGUGGUACUCACGGUGCAAGCGCAUCAGCGACCUGUUCGGCGCUUCGAAGGGCCGUGGGCAUGGUGUUCUCCAGCCCCCGGCCAUCGAUUCGAAGUACCAGGGGCUGGAGGGAAGAACGGUCUCCAUUGAAGACGCGACCGUGUACGUCUUCAAUGAAUGGUUGGAGAGAGGGACGUGGGCCGAGACCAGCAUCCAGAUGCAGACGUGGAAAGAGCAGCGGGAAGCGUGGGCGAGUGAGGGAUUGAGUACGGCUGAUCAGCUGCGCCGGGAGGGGGAGGCAAUGGCGGACAUGCUGAGGGCGCUCCCCGUGUUUGUGGUUAGAGGGUUGUCCGGGGCGUACUACUCGGAAACGCAGCUGAAGUACGCUACGGGCACCAAUGCCCACCCGUUCCAGCUGUACCAGAUGUUGCGUGAUUCGGCAAAUAGAAAGGGAAGGGAAGGUGCGGUUGGGACGCCAGACGAAGAGCGAGAAGAUGACGUUGGGGCAAAGGACUUGGGAUGGCGGCCGCUGGGAGAUAGAGACGAGGAGUCGGAGUUUGAGGUGGCGGAGGAAGUGGAGGGGGAGGGUGUCUCAAAGGAGCGACUGAUCCGGGCAAUCGGGUAUGAAGUGCCGGGGGCCGCCGAACCGCAAGGCGGAGGAGUCGGGGCCCGGGAGCGAGCAUUGGCGGCUCCUGCGGGAGGAGCAUCGGCCGUCACCCUGAGGGUUGGGCUUGGUGACCUCUGUGCCGCAGACCGCACCCCCGAGGCCUUUGCAAAGAUUGUGGUGCGCUCCGCCGUUUCGCAGGGGUUGGGCGUUCAAGGGGCGAUGAGGCGGGCGGUUUGGCAGUAUCAAGCUGUAGGGCGAGACCACGUGGCGCUUCGGCGAGAGUUCUUGAAGAUUUUGGCAACUGUGAUUGAAGCGGCGCCCGAGCUUCCGAUUCCGGAAGCGCCCGGGCCGGCGGCGGCCGGCGCAGGGGGUCCGCGUUCUGCCACGGCCAAUCAAGAGAAUGCGGACGUCGACUCGGAGGGAACGGAGACGGACUUGGAAGGAGAAAGCGAGAUCGAGGAGAGUGAGUCCGAGGAGGGGGGCUCAGAGAGCGAGGACUCAGGGUCGGUGGACUUGGAGAAGGAGGAAGAAGAAGAGAUCGGAGGAAGCUUAUUCUAUGAGAAGGCGGGCAGGGAGACGACGGGUAAGGCGCCGGUUAAGGGUCUGGGCGAUAUGGGUCGUGGUUUUUGGGAGGCCUUCCGAAUCCCGGGAGAGGCGGUCAUGAUGGCGAGCAAAUAUAACGCCGAAAUCGCUGAAAAGUUCAAGGCAAAGCACAACCUCUGGCUUCUCAGCGUUCUUUCCCGCUUCUUUCCUACAACUAUCCCGUUCCCUACACCGGAUCACGAGGUUCUUUUUUCUGAGAAUCUCGUCGGGCGGGCCCUGCCAGAAGCCUUCGAUGAGCCGGGGCGAAACAUGAUGAAUCUCGUCGGGCGGGCCCUGCCAGAAGCCUUCGAUGAGCCGGGGCGAAACAUGAUGGUCGAGGCGCUGUAUGUUAGCGAGGGCUUGCCAGUCGACAAAACCGGCUAUGCAAGCUCCCAACAGCUGAUGAAUAUGGUAGUGAAGCUCAGAGGAUCCGAGUGGGAACUUGGCGAAGGCCUAACGGGCGGCGGAGAAAGCGGAGCGGCAGGCACGGGAGGCGAGAGCGAAAUGCAGGCAUUCAAGAGAGCGAGGGCGGAGUUUAGACAGGAUGCGGGCGUGAUAGCAGAGCACGAGGCUAUGAUUGAGCAGGUGAAAGCAAAGCGGGGGAAAUUCUAG